AUGUCAAAAUCACGUCCAGUUGUUCCUCCAAAACCUGCGCGUCUUUCAAUCAACAAUUCAAAAAAAAACGAACAUAACGAUGACUCUCUUACAAAUUCUCGAGGGUCAGAGUUACAAAUUUGUGACUCUCCAAGGACAGAAUCCCCUGUAAGCUCUAGUCCGAAAACACCCACCAACGGAGAAGAGACCACACCCAUCAACACGAACAAGUCAAAUGACGAGCAGUUACUCUCGCCAACCUUGUCUGGACGUCAGGCGAGAGCUCUCUACGAUUUCGAGGGGAUACCGUCGUAUCGUGAACUUUCUUUUCGUGCGGGAGACGUACUGACAGUAUUGAAGCAACAGCUGGCGGAAGGCUGGUCUUUAGGCCAAAAAGACGGAAUAACUGGUCUAAUUCCAGAGGCUUAUAUUACUUAUAUUAAUGAUUUUACGGAACUACCUAAUGCAACACUGGAAAAAACUUCUUUUCAACCUAGUAAUCUCAGUAAUAAUUCACCCCUACCAACGCCCACGCCACUUACUCCCAUGACAGGUACAUAUAAUAGUUUACUAAGAGGACGCCAGUUAAAUAGGUUUAGCUGGUUCGUCACUAUCGGAGUCGAAGAAUUUAUAUUGAACGGUGGCUUGAACAAUAAUAAUGACACCUCGCGUCUGGAAGAAGUAAGGGAGAAUGAUCAAGAGGAGAAUGAUGAAAUAACCGAAUCUGAUAAACAUUACAUUCAGAGUGGUCCUAGCUGGCGGGAGAAAGCUCCACUGUUCAAAGUUAUGGUCCAUAGUCCGGAAAAAAGAGUUAAAUUGGGAGGAAUGCAAGAGUAUACCAUUUUUUAUGUUACUUCUAUGUUUUCUGAAGGAACCCAAGUCACCGUAGAAAGAAGAUUUUCUCAAUUUGAAUGGUUACAUGAUAGAUUAUCGAUUAAAUUCGGACCUCUAGUUAUACCACCACUUCCAGAAAAACAAUAUUCAGGCCGAUUCAAUGAAGAAUUUAUAGAAAAACGUCGUCGCGCAUUAGAGAGUUUUAUCAAUCGUUUGGCACGUCAUCCUGUAAUAAGAUAUUCUGACCUUUUGACACAUUUCCUAAGUUGUGAAGAUGAUUCGGAAUGGCGUAAACGCGAAAAAUUAUUUGAUUCUGAUAAAAUAAUAGGCCAAGUAUUUUUCCAACAUGUUUAUCAUCCAGAGUUCAAUAUCGAUGAUGGAGAUAUUGAAACAUUUGAACGAUUCGAAGCUUUUACGCGUGGAAUGGAAAAAUUAAUGCCGUAUGUUAAUGAAGCGACAACUGCACAUAAAGAUUCUAUGAGUGGAGAUGGAAACGAAUGCACAAAUGAAGAGGGUGCUUGGUGUUGGCGAGACGGAUGUCAAAGUUGUCAAAAUCUUACUAAAGCGAUGCAGGCCACCGCUGAAAGUAUGCAAACUAUAGGGGACUUGUAUAAUUCUUAUACAAAAGAUGAAUGUGCCGCGCUCAUAGAAAAUCUCAAAGAUUAUAAUCACCCCGUUAGUAAUUAUGAGGCACUAGUAGAUACACACAUGGGAACAUAUAAGAAAUUUAAAGAAGUUGCAACCACAGAUAAUGACGAGGCACCGAAAACAGAAAAUCCAGAUUCUGAAGAAAUUCGUUCGCGUUGUGAGACGGUAUUCAAUGUGACACUUGCUGAAGUAGAUCGAAUUCAUGAUGAACGAGUAACCGAUUUCAAAGACAUCACCAAAAAAUUUUUAGAUGGACAAAUCGAGUUAUAUGGAAAGAUACUCGAAGAACUUCGACAAGCACGAUCAAACUUUGAUGAUCCACACUACUCCUCCCUCUCGCAAACACCAAUCUCACCCAGUAAAUACGAAGCACACAUCGACGACCAAAGACCACUUAUAUCGCGCCCGGUGUCUGUUGCAUCCGUCGGAUCAAUGUCGAGCGUAGUUGGUGGGGUGGUUGAUGGGGUUGGAAGUAUGGGAAGUUUCUUGUUGAAAAAAACUGCGAGAACUUCACUGGGUCGCGUUACUUCCACGUCGUCGUCAAUGUUUGAUAUAUGGUGGGGUAGAAGCUGA